CGUCGGCGGGCGCGCGGUACCUGGCGGGUACCUGGCGGGUACCUGGCGAGUACCUUGCAGGGCCCAUCAACCAGUGCGUCCGCGACCCUCCAGCAGCCCGCGCAGCACCAGCCGCAAGCCAACCGCAGCCACCACCCCGCCAGCAAACCACACAGGCACCGUCACCACCAGGAGCACCAUGGCGAAGAUGGGCCCCGACAUGUGGACGGCGGCUACCGCCGAGGAGGAGCAGCGCAUCUACUCCGGUGUGGAGACGGACGCGGCCAGCGUCAAGCGCGACGCCCUGCAGCUGCGCCAGUGGCUCCUGGACCAGCCGCACCUCCCCGACGUACCAGAGGAAGACCUGCCCUGGCUGGAGCGCUACCUCGUCUGCUCCAAGAACUCACUGGAGCGCGCCAAGCGCGGCCUGGACUGCUACUUCACGGUGCGCUCAGAGGCGCCCGCCAUCUUCGCCGACCGCGAUUCGGACACGAGCGCCUUCAAACGCACCUUCGACUACACCUACGUGGUGACGCUGCCGAAGCUGACGCCCGCCCUGCACCGCGUGCACGUGUACGCGUACGCGCCCCCGGACGCGUACGGCGCAGACCUCAACGAGUUCAGCUUCGAGGACCUGUACCGCCGCAUGAGCAUGACGAUGGACGUCAAGUUCCGCGAGGACCUGUGCGCCGGCGAGGUGUGCGUCCUCGACCUGCAGCACAACACGGCCGGCCACAUGGCCAAGUUCACCGCCGUGCUCCCCUUCGUCAAGAACUUCUUCGCCUGCUCGCUGGCCGCGUACCCGGCGCGCAUCCACCAGAUCCACGUCAUCAACGCGCCCUCGUACAUGAGCACCAUCGAGGGCCUCAUCAAGCCCUUCCUCAAAAAGAAGAUCCAGGACAGGGUCAUCAUCCACCCCCCUGGCCUGGACAGCUUCUUCGAGCACGUCCCUAAGGCCAUGCUCCCCAAGGACUACGGCGGCGAGGAGAAGAGCCUCAAGGAGCUCAGCGACGCGUGGCGGACCAAGCUCGACGCGUACCGCCCUUGGUUCCUGGCCCAGGAGGGCGUGAAGAGCGACGAGUCGCGGCGCGUCGGUGACAAGACGGCCCUGCAGGAGGAGAUCUUCGGCUGCCAGGGUUCCUUCCGGCAACUCACCGUUGACUAACGCGGGGACCGCGGGGACUCGUCAACGGACACAACUAAAUAUAUAUAAUUAAUUACUACUAUCUUGUAACUAUCGUCGAAUUCCACAAUCUGCCCGCCUACUAUAUAAACAAUAUCUACAGCAUUAACAAUCAUUUUCAACUGUUAAUUAUACAGUAAAAGUUCUGAAAUGUAACAAACUGCAAUCAAUCCAACGGUUUUACAACAAAGGAGGACAGUUUCAAAAUGCACUUUUCUUGCCGUAAACCUUGCGAGUGCAAAAAAUAAUGAUAAUCUCAAACCGUUGUUUCAAUUAACAGUUGGAAACUAAUGCUGA